AAUAAUAUCUGAUAAUGAACUUCAGCAGGCAUUAUCCAAUGGCACAUGGACUCCAUUUAAUCCAGCAACAGUCAGGUCAAUUCUUGGCAUGUUUGACAGAGAAAACAAAGGUGGUGUGAACUUCAAUGAAUUCACAGGAGUCUGGAAGUACAUCUCAGACUGGCAGAAUGUCUUUCGAACGUAUGACAGAGACAAUUCUGGAAUGAUUGACAAAAAUGAACUAAAGCAAGCACUAACAGGUUUUGGUUACCGACUGUCUGAUCAGUUCUAUGAUAUCCUUAUUCGGAAAUUUGACAGACAAGGAAGAGGACAAGUUGCUUUUGAUGACUUUAUUCAGUGCUGUGUUGUUUUACAGGUAAGAAAGGAGAUGUACUUUAAUGUCAAUUGGGAAAAAAAAUCACCUUUUCUUAAGCUUUUAUGGUUCUCAAUUUAACUAUAAUAUUGGAUCUAGAACUUGCUUAUAAAUAAACCAUUUGAAUAAAGUAUACGAGAGGUGCUAGAAACAUCUUCAUUUAUUGGUCUUCACUUGUUAUCCGUUUGCAUCACAAGUAAAUUUGAUACAACUUUUUUUGACCUGUUAAACACUUUUAUGGGGCAAAAAAAUGUGAAAUAGUCUCCGUGUUUUAAAAGGAAAACACUUAACACUUAUUUCCAUUAGUUUAAUACACAACACUUCCUCUGGGUCUUGGGUGUGUUAAAACUGGAGUUUGUCAUGUCUCUUUUUGUUUCUCUCUCUGUUUAAGGCUCUGACUAAAAGGAAUUUGACCUAGCAGCUGAAUUAUUCAGUCUUUCGUCACUGCUGUUCCUGCAGGGGCAAUGGUAGUAAAAGACAUUUCAAACAAACAAAACCAAACUCUUUCAGUAACAGAAAUGCAUCUGUAUAAAUACAUACAAAGAGAGAGAGAGAACUGUAGUUCUACAGGUGUAUUAUUUUGUCUAGAAAUCAAUUGCUGGAUGAUUGCUCACCACGAUGUUUAAGGUUUCUCUAAGUGUCUCUGACUUUUCUGAAAUGUAUGUAAGGCUUCGGGGAAAAGUUGGGAAACUGUAGCAGUGGACGAGCUGCGUUUUAGUAGGAUAGGAAAAAGGUUGCUCUUCUGACACUGGCCAGCACUGCAAUAGUAUCUUAAGAUAUCUUCUGAUCUGCAACAUGCAGAGAAAGGAGUGCCCUGUAAAAGUUAUUUGCAUACAGGUGUUUUGUUCUCCUUCAUGUCUAUAGCCAUUAAGUCUGCUGAAACAUCAGUUGCCUUUAUAUUCAGUUGUAAUAGAAGCCGAUGAUACUUUGUUAUAAACUUAAACUCUGGUAAAGAGGGCUUUGAAAUGGAGUAUCAUUCAGCUGGUGUUAGUGAAUCCACGCUGGUAGUUAUUUUGGUCCACUCUCUGUACUGCCUGGCACCUCUGGAGUUUUAGAGGCAACUCAGAUGCUAAUGAUGCAUAAAGCAUAUCUGGCUAGAUGAUGAGAAAGGGACAAGGUACUUGCUGGAUUCUGUCUCCAGGUUGACUGUCAAAUGUCUCACAAGAAUUGUGCA